AUGUCCACCCCCGAACCCGAACCCGAGCCCGCCACCGCCAAAGCAGCGCCAGCCCCAGCCCCAGCGCCCCCACCAACACCACCAUCCCCCACCACCACCACCACCCCGCCCACCCCGCCAUCACCCGCUCCCUCCCCCACCGCCCCCGCCCGCUCCCGCGCCGAAAGCAUCUCCCUAGCACUCUCCCACUACCGCCGCGCGCUCGCCCUACACACCCACUCCCCCAGCACGCACCCCAAGCCCAUCGUCCUGCAGCUCGCCAAGCGCCACAACAUCCCCGAGUCCACGCUGCGCCGGCACAUCAAGACGCCCGGCCACCGCAGCACGGCCGAGGCCAACCGGCAGAAGCAGCUGCUGACGCCCGACGAGGAGGCGUCGCUCGUGGCGCGCGCGCUCCAGGGCCCCGGCGUCGACAGGGGCCGCUGCUAUGAGCUGGCGCACGAGAUCCUGCAUAGGCGCGAGCCGGGCAAGAGGGUGGGCAAGGACUGGUUCUAUCGGUUCUUGAAGAGGCAUCCGGAGUGUGGGUAUAGUAGUGGCAGGGAUGGGGAGGCCGCCGCGGCGGCGAGGAAGAGGGCGGGGAGGCCGAGGAAGAAGGGGGGUGUGGCGGCUGGGGUUGCUGCUGCUGCUGCUGCUGCUGCUGUGGAGAUGCCGGAAUGA